GAGGCAGAAGGAAAGAGACAGACAGACAUUGCCAAGACCGCAAGCCAUUCCAUGUAGUUGCUGCACUUUGGUGGCGAAAAGACUGGACUACCCUCGUGUUUUGUAUGUUAAUUACGAGGCAGGACUUUUCAUUAAUUGAUUGAAUUGUUUUUUAGUUAUUCAAAGUAAAGGUUAUUGGUUGGCACGAUUUAUGAGAACCAGUGGAUUGCCAUGUGGCUUCUUUACCAACAUUUUAUUCUGGAUUCAAUCUUUUAACAAUGAUUAAUGUUCGAUUUGUAGCAAAAUCAUAAACGGUUUAAGCCUGAUUACUCAGACUUUGAUGUGAUGAGCGCCAUUAUUAUUUUAAGCAUCAUGCUUUUAUGACAGAACUUAUUAAGAAGACUGAGACUCCUGAGAGAAUGUCACUGUCAAAUAAAUGUUGCGUCAAAUUUUGUGGUUUAUUUAGAUGGGAAUUUUGUAUUUUUGUCAAUGAAUUGAGUUGUUGAAUUGGUUGCAUGUCAAGGAGAAAUAUCCAAUGAAUGAGUGAGUGAGAUGCACAUACACAAAUAUCGUAUUUUCUUUUUUUGACUGAAGGCUUCAAAUAUUGUUUUUUUUUUAAAUAUGAUAUUCCCUCAAUUUCAACAUAGAUGAUGUUUUAAAAUGACUAUUUUGUUUCAAUCUACAUGAAGUUUUAAGAUUUUAAAGUUAACUUUAACUUUAUUAGAAAUUGUUCAACCAAUUACAUUUUACUGUCUAUUUUUUAAUUGGUUAAUUGAUUUUAAAAUUAUAUCUUUAGUAUACUUUUACAGAAAAUGUAAUUUUUUUAAUUUUUGUGCAUUACUACGAAACAUCUAGUAUUAUGAAACGGAGAGAAUAUAAUAAUGUAAUGUAAGUUGUAACUAUCAAUACUGACAUGAAAUUCUCCAUUUAUUGAAUUCAAAUUAGUUUUUUUUUUUCAAAUAUUCCAAGUUAGCAUUAUUAUUAUAUAUAGACUGGUUCUUCAGCUACAUUUAAACAUUGUUCUCUUACAACGGUGGAAUUUUUCUUCUAAAAAGUGAUAAGAUAAAAUAGGUAAUGCCAAAACUUGGAAAAUCUAACUGAUAGUACAAAUAAAACAGAAAACGAAGUUAAGGAAUGAGUACAAAUAUUUAACUUUUAAUUGAUUUGUUUUUAAAUGAACAAUCAUAUUAAAUAAAUAUUUUUUAAGUAACCACAUAAUAUAACUCAAAUAAGUAAAUAAUUAUAUGAAAUUUUGAAGAAAAAAAUCUCUUAGAUAACUAUAUAUUAAUUUUAACCAGUAGAAAAGUGAAGGGUUUUGGUUGAUAUAUAUAGCCUGUUGCAACUUAUAUAUUAAGAUCAAAAUUUUAGCAAAAAAAACUUAUAUAUUAAGAUGAUUUUGGAAAUUAUCAUAAAUUUUCAUUAUUCUGCCCUUAAGAACGGUUUCAGCUUAAUUGAAUUUUAACACAAACAUAAAACAUAAACAUAUUGUGGAUCCAGAUAUUUUUAAUAAAAAAGUACAAAUCUGUAGUUGUAAUUGUUUGUUUUAAGAAUUGAGAUGAUAUAGACAAGGAAAAUUGUUUAUGACAACAUAAUAGACUUUUAAUAAAUAAACGAAUCAAGAAUUGUGCUUAUAUUAUUUUAUUUUUACAAGGUAACUUGGUUGAAGUGAAGCAUAAAUUUUAUUCUUUGUGACACUAAAAAGUUUAUACAAAGAUUUCCAAUUCAAAAACAACACAUAAAUUUAGGAUAUGGGCAAAUAUAUUAGUCACCGAGAGGGUUAUAAAGGGUGCAAUUCUAAUUUUUGAAAUUCAAAGGCUUACUUUGUAGCAACAUAAAACUUGUGGGGUUAAAUUAUAAAGAAAGUAUUGUCCAUUCUGCCUGAGAGGCGUUUGACUUUUAACCUAUCCUCCUCCUCCUCUUAGCUCGGUGGCGCAUAUCGCCGAGCAACUCAUCUGCAAUUCCUUCCUCGAGCCAGUAUCUUCCCUUUCAGUUAACCCGAGUUUGAGAUUCUCUGUUAUAUCAUUCGAAAAUGUCUCGGAGUUUCAUCAAACUCUCUCCUUGGAGCCAUGCCCUCAUACGCAAGAGACGCUUUCGUUUGUUUUCAUCUUCUUUCACAACUCCAUAUUUGUUACUUGGCACUACGUUAAAGAAUGAUCUUCCGGACGGUAGUGACGUCAGAGAUGUCCUCUUGUUUGAUCCGACCAAGGAAGAGAUGCUUACAGUUCCCAACAUAACAUUCCCCGAAGAGCUCGCUGGUUCGAGACAGAUAGGAAGUGCACGUGGAUGGGGCAUAUUCUCUAACGAGCAUGACCGUUCACUAUGUAUCAGCGACCUAUACAGUUCCUUGGGUCCCAAGUCAACUCUCACAAUGAUUCCUCUGCCUUCGCUUGUCGCUGUACACUCAAACCAAGCAAACGCCGUCUGGAACAUAGCAAUGUCAUCUUCUCCUAGUGAGGAAGACUGUGUGGUUGCUAUAAAGCUGUUGGAUAGACAGCUUAGUCUAUGUAGACCACAUUCUGACAUGCGUUGGACUAAUGUCGGGGAGAUUUUGGCUGAGAAUAACUUGCAGAAGUUGGAGAACUCGACUCUUAUGUAUUCCAAGAGAGAGCGUAGAUUCUACUUGCCUGGUCCUGGAGGCAACUCCUUGUACUCAUGGGAUCUCCAUUUGAAGAAGAACAAAGUCCCUAGCUUCCAUGAGUUGUUGUUCCGCGACCUACCGGAGUUGGAUGAUUCCGAGUGGAAGCUUUUGGGUUGGUGUUGCAGGACCGAACACCUGGUUGAGUUAGCCUCCAGUGGCGAACGUUUUCUUGUCAAAUGGUACGCACAGCGCUUCUUCUCGUCGAGCCAUGAAGGAAGUAAAUACACGACAAGGAGGUUCAUGGUGUUUAGAGAGAAGAAGAUGACGGAAGGAAGAUACAUGCAUUACACAGAGGACAUUGGAGAUGUGUGCAUAUUUAUUUCUAUGAGCGAGGCUUUCUGCGUCGAGGCUAGUUCUUGUUCCGGUCUGAAGCCUAACUCCAUUUAUUUUAUAGGCCAUGGUUUUGGUAUUUACAAUAUCGUUGAUACAACAAUACAUCAUUUUCAAGCUCCUGAAGGUGCACCUACUUCUUUCAAAGACCCUUACUGGCUUCCUCCAUCUCGUAUAUAGUGAGGCCCUACCACCAUUUGUGUCCAAAUACUAGCCAGGAGUUAUAUCUAAGAAAUUCAAUAUUAAUCUAGUUUCUUUUUCGUAAAUGAAAAGGAGCUAAAAUGAUGUAUGAGUUGGGUGUGCAUAUUGUCUACUUUUGUUGUCGUCUCAACUAUUUUUUUCGUAUUCGUACAAUCAAACACAUUUGUAAACAUUCUAUCAAGCUCAAAAAGAAGCUAAAAGAAGUUCACCAAA